CCCUCAGCCACCAGUACCUCGGACACUAGCGGCAUCCUCCUCUUGCCAUGGCGCUGCCCUGGGCCCUUGCAGUCUUGAGCCUUCUUCCCCUGCUGGACGCCCAGAGCCCGGCGUGUCCCAAUUUCUCGGUGCCCAUCACCAAUGCCUCCCUGGACCAGAUCUCUGGCAAGUGGUUUUAUAUCGGCUCGGCUUACCGCUUCCCCGAGUACAAGAAGGAAGCUAGCAAAAUCCAUGCAGCCUUCUUUUACUUCACCCCCAACCACACGGAGGACACGAUACUGCUCAGAGAGUACAUGACCAUCGGGGACCAGUGCCUCUAUAACUCCAGCAGCGUGACGGUCCAUCGGGAAAAUGGGACCCUGUCCAAAUCUGUUGACAAGCCAGAGGCGACCCCAGAGCAAAUGCAACAGUUCUAUGACUACCUCACGUGCAUGGGCAUGGACAAGUCGGAAGUCAUGUACACGGACCGGCCAGGGCCCUCCACUCUUUUUAGAUGCCGACUGCCAAGCAGCAGGUCCCAGGCCGGUGGCCAGGCUUGUGCCAGAGCCCCUGCCCCACCCCUUCUUAUCUGGCCUCCUGAGGAGGCGGAAGCCCAGGAAAUCUCCUCCGUGUAA